ACAUUAAAAUAUAAAAUGCUUUUCUAAACUAUUAUUAAUAAGAAGUGUUAAAUAAUUCAAGAAAAGAUGAACUUUUCCUCUGCUAGGGUUCCUACCCCUUCUGUUGCUCAUGCGCCGUCAUCAACCAAACAGGGAGGGGCGGUGGGAGACGACAGCUCUCUUCUGGAGGUCAGUCUCGCAGAGGACGAUGAAGCGGAUGGCAAAGAUGGAGAAGAGUCGAAAAGAAGUGAGUCAAUUUUUGUGGGGAGUUACACUCUGUUCGUCGAUGGAAUUUCAGAGGCAGUGGGAUAUCCCCAAAUCAGAGCCCUUUUUGCUCGGAUUGGGAGGCUUGGGAAGGUUUUUGUGCGGCGACAUAGGAAGAUCGGUCGAAGAUUUCGGUUCGGGUUCGUCCAUUUCCUUUCAAGGAUCCAUGCUGAGAUGGCGGUGGCUCAACUUAAUGGCACGAAGGUCGGCGGCUCUCACCUUUCCGUGACGGUGGCGAAGUUUCCACUGGCGAUCAUUUCAACGUUGCAGCAUAAUGGCUCAAAGGCCUUGGUUUCCAGUCAGAGUGGAACUCUCUCUUGUUCGCAGAAGGUGAGAGUUAAGGGGUUUGGGACAUGUCUGUUGUCUGGUUCGUGGCGAGAUGUAGUUCUGGGCAAUCUCGGAGUGCGGCGGAGGCGUGUUUUAUCGGUGGCAGAAGACUGCAUGUUUCUGGCAUCUUGGAGGGGUUGUGAUGAGGUUGAUAGGCUGCCUGUGGAAUUUCUCUUCCCGGAGCUCGCCUCUGAUCGGUGGUCUGUGGGAGCUCAACUUGAAGAGAAUGAGGCAAUUAGGAUGCCGGUGGAUCUUCUAUUCCCCGAGUGGCGAUUUGGGGCGAACAACUUGGAUGGUGGUGAGGGGCUUUCUGAACAGGAUGCUAAGGUCCAUUGUCAGGACGUGGGUAGUGAUUUUGCCAUUGUGACUGAGUUGCUCCCCUCUUCCUCUUCCUUGGCUGGACUUAACUUUCUUGAUGCUGCCAAAGUGUCUGAGUCGCCUUGUGAGGUGGAUGGUCUUGUCUCUGUUGAUUCUGCAGUAGGAUCGUCGGGGAUGCCAAGACGGCGAGGUCGUCCAAAAAAGGCUCGUGAUGGUGCUACUACCUGUGCUUUGGUAGUUGAUCCUGGGGAAGGGACCUCUAAGGGUCGUUGCCCUUUAGAGAAUGAUUCUCGCCCCCGAGGGAGACCUAGGAAAGGUGUGAGCUCGUCCAUGGUUUUGGUGCAUGUGAGGUCUUCCUCCCCAAGCUCGGGGGAGGUGGUUUUGUAUUCUUCAGAGAAACAACUGGUGGUCUUUGAUUCUCAGAGGGUCAAGGGUACUUUGGGUGUUAUGACGCGGGCGAGAGCGGCGUUGGCCUUAGGGGUUCGAUUAGGAUUGUCUUAUUAUUGCUCUGAUGAGGAGGAGGCUCUUCAAGGCACGCAACUAAUAUUAGCUCUCGUGGGUUUAUUUAGUGGUGAUUAGAGGGUUCUUGAUGGAUUGCUCAGGGUUCUUUUUGGUUGUUCUGUCUACCAUUGUUGGCUUAGGCUUUUUUGGGUUUUAUUGGUUUUUCUUUGGGGGGCUGGGUAUAGUGAGCAAUGAUUAACUUUUUGGUGUACUAAUCAUCUUUUGUUAUAUAUAUAAUUCUCCUUUUACUUUCAAAAAAAAGUGU